CGGCUCGGUCAGCUCCAGGCGCGCAUUCCAUUCGGGACACUUUGGCGAGUUUGCAAGGCUCAGCGCGGUGCUGCGAGUGCGCCGGCGAGUGCACCCACGAAGGUGGAGGCCCAGGAUACGCCGAACGGUAUGUUGCUACAUGACUCUCCGAUCAUUUUCUCCUGGUCUGGACUUCCCACCCAGAUUAUAUUUGUAUUUUCACGCAUGCGUGCCGUGUGCUGGCUGUUGCUGAGUAUGUUAUUAUUUGUUAAAUUCAGUUAUAAUCUUGCAUUGCCGGUUUGCAAGUUCGCCAAUGUUUGAUGAAGAAAUUCGUGCCACGCUCACGCUAUCUCCGCGCCACGUCACGUAUCCCUAGGUAUCCUUUUACCUGUUGGUUUGCAUUAACUAAACAUGAACAUGAAAUCCAAUCGGGACCGAGCAUGCGUACGAUGUUUUGUUCUGUAGGGUAAGGGUUACAAUUUCUGUGCCGCUUUGUUACUCUAAAAAAACAUUGACGUUUCAGUUGUGUGAAACCUAACUUUGCCGAGAGAGAGAGAGAGAGGGAGACAGCACCGUCAAGGCACACUCGGACUCACGGUGGCGAUUGCGUGCGAGGAAAUGCCAGGCGGCGUCCACGCAGCUAAUGCUGUACCUUGUGCCAUUCUCUUCGACAGCUGCUCUACGGCAAUGCAAAUCGGCGCAGACGCGCAACGUCGGGGCGGCUGUGAUGCCACCGGGACAAAGUUCCGCGAGCCCCCCUGAGCUGGGGGAGCUGGGCGAGCUGGGCGACCAGGAGGACGAGGAGCUGCUCCACGCCACGGAGGGCGGCCCCCAGGAGGGGCUCGUCAUCCACGUCAACGUCGGGGGGUUGAAGCGGACGCUGCGGCACGCGGUGCUGCUCCGCUUCCCGCAGACGCGGCUCGCCCUCCUCGCGAGCCGCCGCCGCCACUCGUGGGAGGCCGUCCUGGAGAUGUGCGACGACUACGACGCGGCCCGCGACGAGUUCUACUUCGACCGCAGCCCGGGCGUGUUCAGCUACGUCCUCAACUUCUACCGCACGGGCAAGCUGCACGUGAUGGCCGAGGUGUGCGCGCACUCCUUCAGCCAGGAGAUCGCCUACUGGGGCAUCCACGAGUUCUUCAUCGACUCCUGCUGCAGCUACAGGUACCACGAGCGCAUGGAGGACUACGCGGGCAGGGACUCGGAGGAGAAGAGCGAGGAGAGCUCGGAGGCAUCCAGCUUCGAGGACAUGUGCCUCCUGCAGGCAGACGCCAAGCGAUUCGAGCACCAGCGGUGCGGGCAGCAUCGCAAGCGCCUGUGGCUUCUGCUGGAGAACCCCGGGUUCUCACUGUCCUCGAAGGUCUUCGCGGCCACCUCACUGGCCACGGUCGUCAUCUCCAUCAUCACCAUGUGCAUAAACAGCACACCCGAGUUCCAGCUCUUCGACGCCAACGGCAAGGAGCUCGAAGACCCGUCUCUCAUGGCCGUGGAGUGUUUCUGCAUUGCGUGGUUCACCUCCGAGUUCCUGGUGCGCUUCCUCGUCACGCCCAAUGUGAGGAGCUUCUCCCAGAACCCGCUCAACAUUAUCGACCUCGUGUCCAUCCUGCCCUUUUACAUCACCCUGGUGGUGGACUCGGUGCUGGAGAGCGGCGGCGAGCUGCACAACCUCGGCCAGGUGGUGCAGGUGCUGAGGCUGGCGCGAAUCUUCAGGAUCCUCAAGCUGGCGCGCCACUCCACCGGCUUGCGUUCGCUGGGCACCACGCUCAAGCACAGCUACGAGGAGGUGGGCCUCCUGCUACUCUUCCUCUCCGUGGGCAUCUCCAUCUUCUCGGUGCUCACGUACGCCGUGGAGAAGGACGACGAAGGCUCGGAGCUUCGCGACAUCCCCACGUGCUGGUGGUGGGCCACCAUCAGCAUGACCACGGUGGGCUACGGCGACACGGUGCCCGUCACCGUGCCGGGCAAGCUCAUGGCCACCGCGUGCAUCAUGUGCGGCAUCAUCGUGGUGGCGCUGCCCAUCACCAUCAUCUUCAACAAGUUCACCAAGUACUACCGCAUCCAGAAGGCCAUGGAGAUGGGCGUCGGCGCCUGCGACGGCUCGGAGGACGACGGCGACGUGGACGCCGAGGAGCUGCACUCGCGCAACCUGCGCGACUUCUACGCCGCGAAGGUCCGCUCGCUCGUGCGGCUGCUCCCCGCGGACACUCCCGUGGGCGGCUGCAACGGCAGCGUCGCCAAGGACGACUGCGGCGCCGCCGCCGCCGCCGCCGCCACGUCGGCGGCGGCGCCGCCGCCGAGGCAGCAGCACGGGGCCGUCACGCGGCCGACGGCUCCCUGAUGCUGCUCGCUCUCAGCGUGGAGGCUGCUGCUGCUGCUGCUGCUGCUUGCUACUGAACCCGUGCCUCUCACCGCCCUCCAUCACGUGGCCAAGAUCGCUGCCCCACCCCGGUUGUGAAAAAGAGCUUCAUGGCGCAUCGGAUUUCUCCAGUCUAAAUCAAGAUUCUGAUUCCCGAUUCUGAAUCUGGACGAUGAAGAGGGCGCGGCGGUGGUGUCGCGGCUAGCGCGCCGGGCAACAAACCCGGCGGCCUGUGUUCGAUGCCUGGCCACGACCAACAUUAGUGGUCAAUAUCUGAACCAGUUCUGGACCUCUCCUAGGCCGACUCAGCCUUAAAUGAGUACUUGGGGCAGUGUGUAAACAUCAGCAUGGUGAGACAAAGGCGGCUGGCAUUCAUAGGUGCUCGCUUGCAGCACUUAUUCCCACGGCCUAUGUCGACUACACGGGGUAUCUUUGUCUUUGCGAGGCUGGAAUGUGCGCUCUGCAUGCUCGGCUGCACGUGGUCCGGCCGAAUGCAUUUGGCAAUGCAAGUGAAGCUCGCACAGCGACACGCAGACUCGCCGCACGCACGGGCAUGAGUAUCGAUUCGCGACGCGUGCAUCUGGAUGAAUAUGCAUUCAAGUAACAGGAGGGUCAGGCAGUGACUGCAUUGGCCUCUUGAAUAUUUGAUACGAAGGUUAUGACUGAGGGGGUGGAAGCGGGGGGGGGGUUGGGUCAUUGUGCAAUAAAUAAAAAGUAGGAUAGGGGGAGAGAGGGUGGAUUUGAGAGCAAGAUUGAACCGUGAAGUUUUAGGAAAGCAGACAAGGACCAUUUACUCCAGCCUAACCUUGCCAUGCAUAGAGAGGGCCUUUGGCAAUACACUUCUGGUAAUACCCCACUCCAGUACUGUAACACGAAGUUAAUCAGCAUGUCUUAAUCAUUUCCCUUUACUGGCUGUGUGUAUCCGGUUAAGGGCGCGCCUAUGUUAAUAAGAGACGCUUUCUGAAAAUAAAAUGCAAACCUCAUGUUCACUAUUUUCUUUUCCAAUACUUGGUGCAAUUUAGACAUUGAUGUCAAAGUUACAGUUAAAAAAAUACGUUUGUUCGUUGAUUACAGGAGGGGUUAGAAGCGCUGGGACAAUUGCAUAUACUGUAGUAUUUGGCAUUUUGAUCGUAAAACAAUCUGGCUAAUUUGAUUUUAUCUUUUUCAGAUUCACAUAUUAAAUUGAUUCAAGCCUUAGCUUUACCAUUCUUAUACAGUAUUAUGGUUUUAGACUUUGCAUGAACGAUUUAAAUGAUUUGGUCGAUGCUGUCCUUGUGUAGACCAAAGCUGCCGAUACAAUUAUCCUCCUGGUCAUAUUGAAUAAAUUUAGAUAAAUUUGUAAAUGUUGUAAAACACAAUCAACCCGGUUCAUGCUUAGUAACACUCAAAGAGAGUAAUAAACACUUGGAUUACUGGCUCUUGCCCUUGGCAACGUGAUCGCAACGAUGCUCCAAUACCGACUGCUGCAGCGCGGUGCAAUUUCUUUCCGAAAGCUCCCAUUGCCAGAAAGGGGAACUCUGCAUCUUUUAUUUUGACGAACGGCGUUGUAAUUGCAAGAGCUCGCAGAUUCAAUGGGUGGAAAUUAUCCCGAUCUUUUGUGCAGUGGAGUCAUCUUCCAGGACGGUAUUUCACUCCCCUGGGUCUCUCAUUAAUUUCACGUCAAGGUUGAUUUUAAAAUAUCAAUAAAGAAGACAUUUUAACAAGUUUUAAGUGCAAGUGCCAUGAAUUGGGCCUAAUGUUUCCACUCGGCAGGGCAAUGCUUUCUGGCUGUGCCUUAUGGCCGUGGCGUAAUGCAGUACGGUUCGUGAUUCGGUGUUGAAUUGCAGGCGGAGUGACCGCACACUGCGAUGAUCCAUAUGCCAUCGGCGAUUGCGCACAAUGCGCUUCUUGCUGCACGUGUGGUACAUGCGAGUGAAAGAACACGAUGGGCAAUUUCAACACAUGCUUUGAUGAUUUAGUAUUUGUGCCUUUGCUCAUAAAUUAAUUAUUGUUUGAGUGUCGUUGCAAAACACAUUUAGGGUCGUGUAAUGGUGUUUUAUAUGGAUUGUUAAAGUGCUCUUUACACAUUCAUAGCUUUUGGAUUUUAUUUUUUAUUAUCAACCCUGGUACAAGACGUUUUAUUUCUUCAUUACUAGUAGACCACCGGAGAACCUGUGCCUGAUGCCGUGUUGUACAUUACACUCAGGUGUGGACAUAUACCGGUAAAGUGGCCUUUUGAUUGCUAGUGUCAUAACCCAGAAUUCCACAUGAGUAAAAUGUCCACAUUUGAGCUCCCAGUGGUGUGAACGAGUCCAUCAAUACUGGAGGUUAAGUAGCUGCUCCACAGUCUCACGACAGCCACCACCCACGACACCACUGACUCAUUAAUGCCAGGGGAUGCAACUUUUAUUUUUUGAAGAAUCCUAAUGGCACGGCAUCGCCAAAGUCCGAAGAACAGCAAGACGUGUACAUUAUAGGGGGAAAAAAGUAGAUGUAUUUUGAUUCAAGAAGACAGGUUUUGACCUUCUGGGUCUCAUCAUCAGCAUCAUUUAUUUAUUUCAAGUCAAACUACUAAACUAUAUUUUACCAGGUAAGGCCCACUGAGCUACAUAGCUCUUUUUCAGAAGCGACCUGGCCACAAAUUAUAGCUCAAGGAAGUGGCUUGUGUGGAAAUUUAUAGCAGCCAAAUACUCUAAACUCUGGUCACAAGGCCUCUCGUCUGGAUAAAUAAAACAGUGAUUUAAACUAAAAAGCAAUGGAGUGUCGACCCUUUAACGUAUAUAUUCUGUCAUCAAAUGGAGUUAAAUGAGAAGGAAGAAAUAAAAUAACUGGCUCUCACAGGACGAGGUGCUUUGCAGCCAGUCGAUUACGCUGUAAAAAACACUGCCAAUACGGUGGAACAACGCUGGUGAUUUACUGCUGCUGCUACUACGAGCCCUCUGAUGAGGACACAUGAGAUUCUGACCUGUCCAGACGUUGCUCACCCUACAUCCAAUUUCAUCUCGAAGUUACGCAAACUCGACAGGAAAACGCUGCCAAAACUACGCACGGAAAAUACCCGACCGCCAUGGUCAGUGACAAUGCCUUGCAAUGUCGUGAAUUUCUAAAUGCGCCCUUGUACUUUUUACGGCUCAGAGCCAGCGGUUGAAGUUCCACAUUCCCACGGUAAGAGCCCACUCUUUUCACAUCACGACCACGGUUGACGUGCCAUAGAGUGGUACUAAUACCCUCCACCCUUAUUGCAUCGCGAUGAUGGGUCGACCUUCGAAAUGAAAUAUGUACAAAAUAAUGUUUUGGACGAUUGCCACUCAUGGCAAAAACAUUUGUGAUGUAUAAGUUGUAGGCGUAAUUUUUGCAUUGGGCUGCCUUGAAACAGACUGGAAUUUGGAAACGGGUCAGUACUUGCCUUCUAUAUAAGUGUGUUGAAUAACAAAAACAAACCUCUACCAAGUAUUAAUCACAAAGUCAACAUAUCUUCAUACUAAAUGAAUGGGCAGUUCUCAUCUCUGUGAGCUUGAGCCAAAGCCAGUGGUGGAAAUUCAACAUUCCUACGGUCGGAAUCAGAUUCUUCAUAGCACCACCAUUCUUGAUAAUAACCACGAUUGAUGAUGGUGAUAAUAACAGCGAAUGUAUGCACUAAAAAUAAUGUUUACAUGCUCUGCACUGCUAUUUGUAAAUCCGCAAUCAAACGGGUCGUGGGAGUAUAUUAUAUCAUACUUCAUCAUGCCAGUCAGUCUGGGUUUGUGAAGGUGGGGAACAUAUAUGUGUGAGUAGAGAAGCAGGUACAUUGUGGCGAGAUGUAAAAUACCUCACCUGGUAUGCAGGAUUUUGUGGGAUUCCACCCCGACCCUGAUGCCUGUAUAUUUGGAAUUUGCAUGUUCUCCCUGGAGUCGCGUACAUUUUACUCCGGCUCCUCUGGUUUUCUGUUCCACAUUUAGAAACAUGUGUUUAGAGCAUUUGGCUACAAUAUAUUUCCACACAAUAAACCACUUGGCUGUGCUAUAAUUUGUGGCCAGGUCAUUUCUGAAAAAUAACUACAUAGCUCAGUGGGCCUUGCCUGGUAAAAUAAAAAUAUUAAAAUAGUUUACAGUACAAAUAGUUUUUUUCUUUUUUCUGAACUGCCCUCUGCUGCCACCACAUAAUCCUGGGGCCUAUAAUGACCCAAUCUUGUACGGGGGUCUCCCAUCCAAGUACGACCACCAUCAAAAUACAGGGUGCUUAAAUUUUAUUUGUACACUUCUGAGAAUUUGCAACAAU